AUGUUCGUUGAGGGCUUCCAUAGAAUUCUCAAGGAGGUUUACCAAGAAAAGAAACAAAACCGUCGCGUUGAUCACCUGAUAUUUAAGCUACGGAAAAUAUCUCGAGAUAAGGCCUUUGAGCAGCUCAUUAAAGCUGAGAAGGGCAAAAAUACCGUUAGACAACGUGAAAGUAUCAAGCGGCACAAACAAGGGGAAUCAGUGAAGAAGAAAGCGGUUCACAAGCAGGAUGAGAACUUCUGGAAUGUUCAGUCGGCCUCUAAUAAACAAACUGUGCAUCAUGUGAGAAGAAUAAGUUCAGGUUGCUCAUGCCUGUUGAAUUGCCCUUCCUGUGAUGCUUGCGUAAAUACCUUUGAAUGUUCUUGUGCUGAUUAUUCUAUAAGGGGUGUGUUGCGCUCCCAUAUCCACUCUGUAAACUUCCUCUACCCAAAAACCACAGCUGCUGAUUUAGAAUUUCCUGGUACAGAGCAGGAGACCACCAGUGACAGUGACAUAGAGAAGAAACGCGAGGAGUUGUCUAAUAUUAUUCAACAGGACAAACAACUCCAGGAAAGCAAACAGCUGGCUGACCUCAAAACAUAUGCACUUAAUCAGAUUGCUGAAUUGAGUGAAUUGAUUCAGAGUGCCCCGACAAAAGACACCAUAAAUACAACAUUGAAGCACAUUCGAUCUGCAAUAUCAGUGUCUAAGGGAUUGUCUGUCAUUGGAUCUGACCAUCAAUACCUGAAAACACAGUUGUUUCCACCUAAUAAACUGUAUGAGAAGCAAAAGCGCUUCUUUUCUACAAAGAAAAAAAAGGAAAGUUCAUCGUGAGAGGGCUAAUUUGUCAGAUGCCACUGCAAAGGAAUUGGAGGACAUGGAAGUCCAAGUGUGUGCACUUUGUUUCAAGGAAAACCCACCUGGUGAAGACACGGACACAUUUGAGUGGAUAGAGUGUGAAAAGUGUCAAUGCUGGGUGCAUGAGGUCUGUGAUUACAUUGAUGACAAGGCAAACUACAUUUGUUGUAUGUGCAACUCUUUAACAUUUACGAAGAAAUAA